AUGUUUGCAUCCGGUGGCUUUCAUCUACGGAAAUGGGCAUCGAACAGUACAGCUAUUCUAAAUGACAUCCCGGCGAAUAACAGAGAGCAGCCACGCAGCGACGAGUUCCAGUUCUCCAACACACCGAACAAGAUCCUUCAGCCCACAAAGCGGAUUAUGCUCUCGCAAAUCGCCAGCAUAUUCGACCCUCUUGGACUGCUGGCCCCAAUCAUCGUCAGAGCGAAGCUGAUCCUGCAGCAGUUGUGGGAACUGAGGGUGGACUGGGAUGAAACUCUCCCCGGUGAGUUUGUUCAAAAUUGGUUUUCAUUUGAGCAAAGCCUUUCCGAUCUCAAUUACUUACAGGUACCUCGACGAGUGAUCGGCGUUCAACAACCGACCAGAAUCUAUCUGCACGGCUUCAGUGAUGCGUCAGAGCGAGCCAUGGGUGCGUGCGUCUACAUUCGAGCUGCUGACGAAGGAGGAAACACAUCAUCACAUCUGCUGUGCGCGAAAUCUAAAUUGGCGCCUAUCGGAAAUGGACGGACCACGUUACCUCGCCUGGAACUGUGUGCGGCGGUGAUUUUGGCCCGCCUGAUGGCGAGCGUUAUCACGGCAAUCUCAACCCCUUUCAUCGAAAUACGAGCUUAUUCGGACUCCACAGUGGCACUAGCAUGGAUUUAUGGCGGUGCGUCGAGAUGGAAGACGUUUGUUGCCAACCGCGUGGCUGAAAUCACCACAUUACUUCCGGCAAUCAACUGGCAGCACGUGGACACCAACAACAAUCCUGCAGACUUGAUCUCGCGCGGUGCUCUACCAGCGCAAAUUAUUAACAAUUCUCUCUGGUGGCACGGACCAUGCUGGACAAGCACAACCAGUGACCACGUAUCAUCACAAGUCCUUCCCGCGCUCGAAGUGACUCUGCAGAGACAAGUAGAGAGAGAACAACGUUCAAUUGCCGUAGCAUGUAUAGCUACGUAUGAUAAUGACCUCCUCGACGCGAUGUUAUCUCGGUACUACCCAAACCUUCAGCUUCUUAUACGCAUCACGGCCCGGAUGUUACGUUUCAGUCAUCGAGAAUUUAGAACGACAAAUCGUUUAACGCCAAAGGAAAUUGACAACGCAAUGAGAGUGUAUGUGCGGCACGUACAGAGCCAGCACUACUGGAAGGAAAUCUUUCAACUGGACAGUAAACGGGAAAUCAACAAUAACAGCUCGCUCCGUCAACUGCAACCGUUUCUGGACGAAAACCGUCUCCUCAGGGUGGGUGGUAGACUGCAGCUGUCAGAACUCAACUACGAGUCGAAACAUCCGAUCCUGCUGCCUAGCCACUCAACUCUCACCGCGCUUAUUCUCCAUCAUGAGCAUCGCGAGCAACUUCACUGUGGUCCGCAAUCGUUACUAACGGCGGUUCGACGGCGCUUUUGGAUUGUUCGUGGAAUGAGUGCAGCCCGGAAGACGUGUCGAUCCUGCGUCGAAUAUGUUCGUGCAAGACCAGUUCCAUUGCAUCAGGUGAUGGGUCAACUACCAUCGGAUCGCCUGAAACCGAAUCCGCCUUUCUCCAUCACCGGCAUUGACUAUGCUGGACCGAUUAGUUUCGUCAGUCGUCGAACACGUGGCGCCGUAUCGAGCAAAGGAUACAUCGCACUGUUCAUCUGUUUUUCGACACGAGCUGUACACCUUGAAGCUGUGUCGGAUCUCACCACCUCUGCUUUCACCCGCUUCAGUAGUCGAUAUGGGUUGCCUAACAAAAUCUAUUCGGACAACGCUACCAAUCUACGAGGAGCAGCAGCCAAAUUCCGUGAAUUAUACAAACAAAUCAACACGGCUGAGCAGGACAACGUAGUUGCAGAUUUUUUCUCCGACAAAGGCAUUGAGUGGAUAUUCAUUCCCGCUCGAUCGCCUCACCACGGUGGCCUUUGGGAGGUGGGUGUAAAGGUGAUGAAAACUUUCUUCCGCAAGCUUGGAGGUGAUGGUCAUUUCACUUUCGAGGAACUGAGUACCGUUCUCGCACAAGUGGCGGCGUGCAUGAAUUCACGGCCAAUUGCUCCACUAUCAGAUGAUCCCAACGAGCCUCAGCCUCUCACACCAGCACACUUUCUCAUCGGUCGACCGCUAAAUACUGUUCCCGAGAUUAACCAGUUGGAGCAUCGUAUUGGAUCCCUCAGCAGGUGGGAGUAUGUGCAACGAGUUAUCCAGGAAUUCCGAGCUCGGUGGCAGACCGAGUACCUUUCAACACUCCAGCAGAUGACAAGAUGGCAACGUGCAGCGCCGCACAUUGCAGUGGGUGAUGUUGUAUUAUUGGUCGCUGAUAACGAGAAACCCAAGCAAUGGCCUAUGGGCCGCAUUAUCGACACCUUCCCUGGAGCCGAUGGUCACGUUAGGGUGGUGGCUGUUAGAACAACCAACGGUAUUACUAGGCGGGAUGUUCGACGGAUACGGCGAAUCCCCUUGGAAGAUGACGAGUACGUGCCAGGAAGAAAUGGAGCAGAAAUUUCUCAUCGUAAUUUGGUGGGCGGUUUAUGUUGUGACGGAAAAUAA